UACUGGGGAAUUCUGGGAUCUCUGGCAGGCUCCCAAGAAUGUCCAGAAUGUUAGUUUUUUUCUGCACAUCUUACAUCAGCUUAGUUCAUGUGACAGAGAAAGUACGGAAUUCUAAGAAACUUCAGACCAAAGACAGGUCAGUUAGUACAUUCAGACAGACAAUUAACAAGAUAUUCUGGACACCCAUGUUGAGGCGAACGGUCUUUGUCUGAAAGAUGAAACUUACUGAUCAUGCACUUUCAAAAGACUUCCUCUAAAAGAGAGCUCAGACCUGAAAAUCUGCUUACCUAAGAUGGUCGCGACUUCAUUUCCCAUUAUACAUCUGCUAUUAAUGCUGCUACACCGCCUAGAUCUUACAAGUGCUCAGGUGAAUCCAGCUUUGUGUCGCUAUCCACUUGGGAUGUCGGGUCAGAAAAUCCCUGAUGAAGACAUCACUGCUUCCAGCCAGUGGUAUGAUUCCACUGCAGCGAAACAUGGAAGGCUGGAUUUUGAAGACGGGGAUGGAGCCUGGUGUCCAGAUGGUCCUGUAGAUCCUGAGGACAUGGAAUUCCUUCAGGUUGACCUGCGAACUCUGCACUUUAUUACCCUGGUGGGCACUCAGGGGCGCCACGCUGGAGGUCAUGGCAAUGAGUUUGCUCAGAUGUAUCGGCUUGACUACAGUAGAGAUGGGAACCGAUGGAAUUCAUGGAAAAAUCGACAUGGGAAACAGGUAAUUGAAGGAAAUGCAAACCCAUAUGAUGCUGUACUGAGGGAUCUGGAGCCGCCAAUGAUAGCUAGAUUCGUCAGGUUCAUACCAAUUACUGAUCAUUCCAUGAGUGUGUGUAUGAGAGUGGAACUCUAUGGAUGUGAAUGGCUAGAUGGUCUAGUGAGUUACAGUAGUCCAGUUGGUCACCAAAUUUUCUCACCCAGGAGCCCCACAGUUUAUUUGAAUGACUCAGUCUAUGAUGGUGCAAUCAGUUCAAGGAUGAUUUCAGAAGGACUUGGUCAGAUGACAGAUGGUGUCUGGGGUUUGGAUGAUUUCACACAGAGUCAUGUGUACAAUGUGUGGCCAGGGUAUGACUACGUGGGAUGGAGGAAUGACAGCUUUGAAAACGGCUACGUACAACUCCUCUUUGAGUUUGAUCGGAUCCGAAAUUUCACAGCCAUGAAGGUCCAUUGCAAUAACAUGUUCACAAAGGCGGUGAAGAUAUUCAGAGAAGUGCAAUGUUUUUUCGGCUCAGAACCAGGAAAAUGGGAGCCAAAUCCAGUUACAUCUGUUCUGGUUCUAGAUGAUGUCAAUCCGAGUGCUCGCUUUGUCACCGUUCCACUACAACACCGUAUGGCAAAUGCCAUCAAGUGCCAAUUCUACUUUGCCGAUAUAUGGAUGAUGUUCAGUGAAAUUUCCUUCCAGUCAGACACAGCAAUGUACAAUACUUCUGGGGUUUAUCCAACCGUGAAAGUAGACAGCACCACUCACAGUGAAAUAGACAUCAACCCAACGCACAAAGUGGAUGACAGCAACACGAGAAUCCUCAUUGGCUGCUUGGUGGCUAUUAUUUUUAUCCUCGUUGCCAUCAUCGUCAUCAUCCUUUGGCGGCAGUUUUGGCAGAAGAUGCUGGAAAAGGCUUCACGUCGAAUUCUGGACGAUGAGCUCACAGUGAGCCUCUCACUGCAGAGUGAGACCAUUAUGAUAAACAACAAGUCCUCUCCACCCAGUGAACAAGAAUCCAAUUCCACAUACGACCGGAUAUUCCCACUCGGACCUGAUUACCAGGAGCCAUCAAAGCUACUCCGCAAGCUGCCAGAAUUUUCCCUGAGUUGGGAUGAACCAGGGUGUAGCAGUGAUUAUGCAAAACCACUUGGAGCACCGCAGGAUAAUGUGCCACAUUAUGCCGAGGCUGAUAUUGUGAACCUGCAGGGUGUCACUGGGAGUAACACUUAUUCUGUACCUGCCGUGACCAUGGAUUUACUGUCUGGUAAAGAUAUAGCUGUGGAGGAGUUCCCACGUAAACUGCUGACACUUAAAGAGAAACUUGGAGAGGGACAAUUUGGGGAGGUUCACCUUUGUGAAGCAGAAGGGAUGCAAGAAUUCAUAGACAAGGAGUUUCCAUUUGACAUUUGCGUCAAUCAGCCAGUUUUGGUUGCUGUAAAAAUGCUACGGUCAGAUGCUAACAAGAAUGCCAGAAAUGACUUCCUGAAAGAAAUCAAGAUCAUGUCACGGCUGAAAGAUCCAAACAUUAUCCGGUUGUUGGCGGUCUGUAUCAGAGAUGACCCCCUGUGUAUGAUCACAGAAUACAUGGAAAAUGGGGAUCUAAACCAGUUCUUAACUCGCCAUGAACCAGAAAGUGUGGAGCCUAUGGCAAGCAAUGCACCCAUUGUAAGCUAUGCCAACCUCAUAUUGAUGGCCACGCAGAUAGCUUCUGGUAUGAAAUACCUUUCCUCCCUCAACUUUGUUCACCGUGACCUUGCCACUCGAAACUGCCUAGUGGGUAAGAAUUACACAAUCAAGAUUGCAGACUUUGGUAUGAGCCGGAACCUAUACAGUGGAGAUUACUAUCGAAUCCAAGGGCGAGCUGUACUUCCGAUUCGUUGGAUGUCCUGGGAGAGCAUUCUAUUGGGCAAGUUUACUACAGCAAGCGAUGUAUGGGCUUUUGGAGUGACCUUAUGGGAGUCUUUGACCUUCUGCCGAGAACAGCCCUACUCCCAACUGUCAGAUGAGCAAGUCAUUGAAAAUACUGGCGAGUUUUUCAGAGAUCAUGGCAGACAAGUUUUUCUCUGUCAGCCAGCAAUCUGUCCAGACGGCGUGUAUAAACUGAUGCUCAGCUGUUGGCGACGUGAACCCAAAAGCCGUCCCACAUUCCAGGAUAUUCAUCGCAUUUUGCAGGAAUCUGCCAUUGCAUCUGGGCUGGAGGAAUGAGCACAGGGUGAGGGGAUGUCAGAACAGUCGUGACUUUAAAUACACCUUUUCAUGUCUGAUUACUAUUACGCAUUUUGGCGUGUUUAAACUGUGGAGGGUGUGGAAUGAAAGCCACAGCUUCCGGUGCUGCCAGGUGGAAGCAUGUUUGAAAGAGGAAGAAAUGAGGAGAAUAAAUGCAAGGGGAAAGUCUUAUCUUCACCAUAAAAAGUGGAAAUUAGAACUUAAUGAUACGGCGCUGGACAAACAUCCUUAUAUUCUUGUUCAUUUGGACUUCCCAUAAUUGGGUGAACAAGAUAGUGAAAGCAGAGCCAUAUCAGAGUUGAAUGUUUCUUGGUAAGGUGCAAGGACAUGUAGAAAAUGAAAGAAUAAAAGCAAUACCUGUACAGUA